GUUCGACGCAAAGACAAAACAAUGACGGUUUCUGUCAUCAACACGCUUGCCGAGACAGCGCUAUCUUCGCUUGUCGAGCAAGACCAUGAAGUUGUGGAUUUCGAAGAUGCCCAGUCGAUCUCUGGGCGAAACAUAGAUCCAGAUAUGUUGACGAUGCUUCUGAGAGUCAAGUUCGGCGCUGGAGCCUACGAUAUCCAUGUGAAUAAUGCAGAACUCAUACUGUAUCAUCGCUCCGCGAAGAUUGUCAAGCGGGGAAAUAGCGAAAUGUCGAAAAAGAUAGAUCGAUCCUAGAAGCACUUUGUGUUCGUUCUUCGCUCAUUUGAGCGUCCUUUGCAUGCGACGUGAUUAAAGACCGACGAUACGACGAAACCGAAGCCGCUGUUGCGAACAGGGUGCAGCGCUAUGAUUGCGACACUCUGAUUGAAGCAAUGAGCGGAAGAUACGUGAGGGGAAGGAGAACAGAUGAAUAUACGCCUCCCGUUCACGCUAAUGGUGUUUGCAUAUCGCAU